UGUGCUUUGGGCAAGGCAGAAACCUGUUGAAGCCUGUGUUGUAGGUGUUGGCAGAGCUGUACUGCAGCCUCUGCUCUGCUCCAGCGUGUCAGACGUGUGCAGUCAGACUGCUCUGGACUGUCAGUGGCCAAGGCAAGGAAAAGGGAUGGUGGCACAAUACAGCACCAUCACUGCUUGGCACAGUCCUCUGGUCCUUCCUCAAGUACUUGUUCUCAGCAGGCCUUCUGCCAUCACUUGCUGUGCCUCUUGUUAUGCAGUGUCUGGUGGUGUUGCCUUCAACGGGGGUGUUGCUGUGCUCCACAUCUUGCUCAAGCUACUCAAGACACUGUCCCCUGACAGUGUAGUGACCCAAGGCUGAUAAAGGGAAUGUGCUUGAUUAUUGCCACCAUGUUCUCACAGUGCUCACAGGACCUGUUAAAGAUUGCAAAUCUUCAUCUCCGGAGUCUGAGUAUAAAUCUACAUUUACAAAACCACAGAAGGGCUUUCAGCAAGUCGCUGCCUGCAUGUCGAAGGAAAGUAGCUGUUACAGGUAUUGGCCUAGUGUCCCCUCUUGGUGUGGGGGCUCAGUUUGUGUGGAAGCACCUUCUGGAAGGAGGCUGUGGGAUUACAUCACUAGAUGGGAAGGAAUAUGCAGGCAUCCCAUGCAGAGUGGCUGCCUGUGUGCCGAGGGGAAGCAAGGAGGGUGAGUUCCGAGAAGAAAGCUUUGUGUCGAAGUCAGAGAUCAAGUCCAUGAGUUCUGCCACAGUGAUGGCCAUCGGCGCGGCAGAGCUCGCGCUGAAGGACUCUGGCUGGUAUCCCCAGAAUCAGCUGGACCACUUAACUGCCGGUGUGGCAAUUGGCAUGGGCAUGGUUCCACUGGAAGAAAUCUCUGACACAGCUGACUUAUUUAAAACAAAGGGUUACAGUAAGGUCAGCCCGUUUUUUGUCCCGAAGAUUUUGGUCAAUAUGGCAGCAGGCCAUAUCAGCAUUAAAUACCAACUGAAAGGGCCGAACCACGCUGUGUCCACGGCUUGUACCACAGGUGCACAUGCAGUUGGAGACUCCUCUAGAUUAAUUGCUGCUGGUGAUGCUGAUGUCAUGUUGGCUGGAGGGACAGAGGCUUGCAUUAGUCCUUUGUCUCUGGCUGGAUUCGCAAGAGCCCGGGCCCUCAGCAUGAGUUUUAACUCAAACCCUAAAGCAGCGUGUCGACCCUUCGAUUCUCAGAGGGAGGGGUUUGUGAUGGGAGAGGGUGCUGCUGUGCUGGUCUUGGAAGAGUAUGGACAUGCCGUGCAGAGAGGUGCUAGGAUCUAUGCAGAACUUUUGGGUUAUGGACUGUCCGGUGAUGCUUGCCACAUAACAGCACCUGAUCCCAAGGGAGAUGGUGCAUUCAGGUGCAUGUCUGCAGCAAUAAAAAAUUCUGGGAUCCUACCUGAAGCUGUAACAUAUGUCAAUGCACAUGCAACUUCAACGCCUCUAGGAGAUGCUGCUGAGAAUCAAGCAAUCAAGAGACUUUUUAAAGACCACUCACGUAAUAUUGCAGUUUCCUCAACAAAAGGAGCAACAGGACAUCUCUUGGGGGCUGCAGGAGCUAUUGAAGCAGCUUUUACUGCACUGGCCUGCUACCAUGGGAUUUUGCCACCAACUCUAAACUUACACAAAACAGAGGCAGAGUUUGAUCUCAAUUAUGUCCCAUUGAUAGCUCAGGAGUGGAAAACUGACAAACGGCGUAUAGCGCUCACAAAUUCAUUUGGCUUCGGUGGCACUAAUGCAAGUUUGUGCUUUGCAAGUGUUUAACUUCUGCUGUGAAUGGUGUGAAAAAAUGGCACCAGUGAUGAUUUUCUGUACUGCUAUCUCUGGUGUGUUCUGUAAUCUUUUCUCAGCUUUGAGAGUUGCUCAUUUGAUACAUAAGAGCUUUAUUCACCCUAACAUUUACACCAGUAAUUAUUUUAGAAAGACAGAACUUCUUUUACUCAUUUUAAUAAAAAUAAAUAAAAUAUC